AUGUUAUCACUUUUACUUGUUUUACCUUUACUUGUUGAAUUCUUAAUUAUGGAAAAUAUCAACACAACCAAAGAUUGUUCCUUUGAAAAUUGGUACGAUCAAGAAUAUUCUCUAGAUCAAUAUUUUCCUUUCGUAAAAUUAACAAAUGAAUUUUUGAAUAUACUUGAGAUAAAAGGAUUUCAAAAUUUUACUCUUUUGGAACGUAAUUUUAUUCACAAUAAUCUUGAACAAUUAGUAAUAGAUUUACAAGAUUCUCUUCUUCAUCCCGAAUAUAAUAAUUUCGAUAAUUCUGAUAAUUUUGGUAAUUCGGAUAUGCCUGAUAUAUCACAAUUUAUUUAUGCUACGACUAAUAAUUUAGUUGAUAUUAAAUCCUCACAAUCUAAAUGUUUACUUAGUUUUAUUACGACUCAAUUAUUAGAUUUUGAAUAUUCGUUAUCUAAAUAUUGGGAAUUUAGAAAUGAUCGUUUCCUUCGAGGACUUUGGAAUGGUUAG